UCUCCUUCUCUCUCUCUGUUUCUCCCUAUAAAGAUCAGUUGAGGCAGUCAAUUGGAAGUGAGUUCAGAUCUUGGUCUCAAAUGUAUCCCAGAAACUUGUUGUUGAAUUUUCGAGACCGACGGAGACGGAGUCGGACCGAUGAAGGCGUAGCCGAAGAGAAGUUGAACCCAUUGACCUCAUCAAGAAAGUGGUCAUUGUUUGAUUUGAACGAGGAGGCCAGAGUUGAAGAUGGUGAUCAUAACAUUAGUGUAGAAGUUGAGCAAAAUGAAGAAAGAAAGCAUGGACGAAGUUCAACAAAGCAUAAUAACAAUGAGAAUACAAAUAACUCAUCAAGAGAAGAAGGAAAUGGAGGAAGAAGAAGAAGAAGAACAGCAGUGAGACAGUAUGUUAGAUCUAAAGUGCCUCGCCUGCGUUGGACUCCUGAGCUUCAUCUCAACUUUGUUCAUGCCGUUCAAAGGCUCGGUGGCCAAGAGAGAGCAACACCCAAGUUGGUUCUUCAGCUGAUGAAUGUAAAAGGACUUAGCAUUGCCCAUGUCAAAAGCCAUUUACAGAUGUAUAGAAGCAAGAAGCUUGACCAAACAGGGCAAGUUAUAGGAGAAGCAUGGGCAGGUGGGGUGAUGCAAGGAGGUGGGGGAUACUACAACAACAACAACAACAACAAGAAUGGCGGCAGGGUGAGCCACCAUUAUUCUCGUUGGCACUUCCAUAUCCAGUUUGGAAGUGUUGCAAAACUGUUACCCUCAAACUCACCCUAUGAUCCAACGAGUUGUCAUGCAAAGACAAGGCAGCUGAGGAGACCAAAUCAUUGUUGGGAACCAGAGCUGGAGCUAGGACUGAGGCAGACAACAACAACAACAAAGAGUAUUAGUAGUAGUAGUAGUGAUAAAGAGAGUUGGGGAUGUGGCUUACGGAUUACCACUGACCUUUCCCUUUCUUGAAGCUAAGGCCACAGGCUGAUUAUAGAAUAAUGUGGUCUCUUAUUGCAAAAAAUCAGUGAUAAUUGAGGUCUCUGGUUGUUUGAGUUUGGGGCCAUUGGCAUUGCCAUUCAUUGCAUUACAUAACAAAAAGCACACAUCUAUUCUGCCACCAAA